AUGGAUCGGGAGAGGACAGAGGCAUUGGCAGAGAUAUACUCUCUUAUCAUCACAAUAGACCAGCUCGAGAAGGCGUACAUCAGGGAUUCUGUGAACCAGGGAGACUACACAAAGGCAUGCUCCAGGUUGUUGGCCCAGUACCAGACGCUGCUGAAGAACCGUCAGCUAGAGGCCGACUUUGGCGGCCUGGACCAGUUCUGUGCGCGCUACAAAAUCUCCCAUUCGAGCGGUGUGCAGCGAAUUGAGGUCGGGGUGCCUGCUACUGCCGAAACAAGCAUCAUGCCGCAGUCGACGGGCGACUCUGGCACGCCAUCCGCCCAAACGGGCCCGGCGGUCUCUGCCAAGGCUGUUUCGGAGGUCACGGGCCUAUUUAUUACCGCAAUGGACGGACUGAAGCUCAACUUUCGUGCCAAGGACCAGCUGCAUCCGAUCUUCAGCGAACUUGUCACUGGUCUUAGCAAAGUGACGGGCCCAAGCUUCCCCGGCCGCGGAAAGCUCGUCGAAUGGCUCGUCACCUUGAACAAAAUGAAAAUCGACGACGAGCUUAAUGACGAACAAGCCAGACAGUGUCUUUUUGAUCUGCAAAGCGUCUAUAGCGAGUUUUAUGAUUCCCUUUAA